UCUAAUUUUCUAUUCUAUAUUUUCUUUUCUAAGAUGCAGAAUCUUCCUCUUUGGUUCGCACCUUUUUUCUAAUCUGUUGCUGGAGAUGGAUGCUUAACAUCACCCUGCAUUUGCUCGUUUGCAUCCUCAUUCGCUCAUUCCUCCAUUUUCCUUUUCAGCUCAACUCUUUUUCUUCUUUUUUUCCCCUUGUUUUUCUCUCCAUAUUUACUUUGCUAAUUUAUCUCAUACAUGGAAAUGUUCAAGUCAACCGUUUUUCGUUUUAUUCCAGACAACACAUUGAUGAUGAUGAUGCGGUUCUCUUUGAUAGAGCACAAGCCACUUCAUACUUGCUAUUGCUUUGUCUUCUUAUUCCUACUUUCCUUCUCUUCAUCAGAAGCUUAUGAUGCACUUGACCCAAAUGGAAAUAUCACAAUCAAAUGGGAUGUUAUUAGCUGGACAGCUGAUGGUUAUGUUGCUGUUGUUACAAUAAACAACUUCCAACAAUAUCGCCAUAUCUCUGCACCUGGUUGGUCAUUAACAUGGGCAUGGGCCGGCAAAGAGGUUAUAUGGAACAUCAAGGGAGCCAUGACCACUCAACAAGGAAACUGUUCAAGGCUAUUUAAGGGAAUAAGCCUCCCACAUUCUUGUAAAAGGAAUCCAACAGUUGUGGAUUUACUUCCCAACACACCUUACAACCAAAAACUUCCAAAUUGUUGCAAAGGUGGAGUGCUUACUUCAUGGACUCAGGAUCCAACCAAUUCGGUUGCAUCAUUUCAACUCACUGUUGGUCAUGCUGGAACCACCAACCGAACCGUCCAAGUACCAAAGAACUUCACCUUCCAUGCACCCGGUUUGGGUUAUACUUGCGGCCCGGCCAAGAUUGUUAGACCAACCAUGUUCAUUUCACCAGACAAAAGGAGAGUCACCCAAGCGAUAAUGACUUGGAAUGUGACAUGCACGUAUUCACAUUUUCUAGCUCAAAAAUCUUCUCCCACUUGCUGUGUCUCCCUCUCAACGUUUUAUAAUGAUACUACAGUGCCUUGCCCAACAUGUUCAUGUGCCUGCAAGCACAGCAACUCAACCUGUGUCAAAACAGAUACCGGAAAGAAUGCUUCAGUUGAAUGUAGUAAUCAUAUGUGUCCAAUCAGUGUCCACUGGCACCUUAAUCUUAAUAACAAGAACUACUGGCGUGUGAAUGUUACUAUUUCCAAUCUCAAUUAUAGGAUGAAUUAUUCAGAUUGGAACAUGGUUAUUCAACACCCUAAUUUCAACAAUAAUCUCACUCAAGUUUUCGGAUUAAAGUACAAGUUAUUUACUCCUCUAGAUAAUAUUCAUGUGGCUAUGGUUUGGGGAAUUAAGUUCUACAAUAAUGUUCUCAUUGAAGCUGGUAAUGUAGAAUUUGAGGUACUAUUUAGAAAGGAUAAUAACUCAAGUUUGAGUUUGAAGAAAGAUUGGGGUUUCCCUCAAGGGAUCUAUUUCAAUGGUGACAACUGUGUAAUGCCACCACCUCAUGCUUAUCCAUGGUUGCCUAAUUAUGCUUGAACUUGUGAUACAUUACUUAUUAAUUGACACAUAAAUUAAACACUUUAUUAUUGUUUUGCAAAAAGUUAUAUAUGUAUAAAAGAUAAGAUUUAUAUAUAUCAUUUUAUAUGUAAAGAUACAUUCCUACAAACAUGUUCUGUUAAUUAUGAAUGAUAGAUGAUGCAUUUUCGGCAUUAAGUUGUAUAUAAUAUAUAAACAUCUUUGAAAAGUAGUGUAUCUGUGUAUGUGUUAGAAACAAGAGAUU